AUGGAGGUCAUCUAUACCGGUAUCCGCCAGAGCCCGCAGAUGAUCGUCCAGGCCGCCGCGCAGGAGGACGUGGACGUUCUCGGCCUUAGCAUUCUCUCCGGCGCCCACUUGGAGAUCCUGCCUGAGGUCAUGACCCUGCUGCACGGCGAAGGCAUGGACGACGUGUUGGUGGUGGUGGGUGGCAUCAUCCCCGCCGUGGACCGACAGCGCUCAGGCUCUGGCAUUACGAGAUCGACCGGCACCUCCACCGGUGAAAUAGUUGAAUUCAUCCGAGAGUCGAUGGCGGAGAAAGUAUAG